CCUCACCCAAGCCAACCAUGACAUCCCCCAUCAAAAAGGUCUGCCUGGUCGGCGCCAACGGCACUCUAGGCUCCGUCCUGCUCGCCGCCCUCGUCCAGGCAAACUGCUUCGACGUCUCCAUCCUCCAGCGCUCAACCUCGUCCUCAACCUCCUCAGCCUCGCCCUCGAUCCCCCGCAUCAUCGUCAGCCCCGACCUCGCCGUCGACGAGCUCACCACCGCCCUCGCCGGCCAGGACGCCGUCAUCGCCGCCUUUCCCCUCGGCCAGGGCGACCAGCACCUCCGCCUCGUCGAGGCCAGCUUCCACGCCGGCGUGAAGCGCUUCAUCCCCGCCGACUUUGGCAGCUGCGACGCCGCCGACGCCCUCCCGCAGGAGUAUCUGCCGCUGUACCGCCGCAAGACGCUGGUGCGCGAGCGGUGCGAGGCCUUUGCCGCGCGCCCGGGCUCGGCCUUUACCUGGACGGCGCUCGUGUGCGGGCACUUUUUCGACCACGGGCUGAGGCACGGGCUGCUGCACUUUGACUUCGCGACGAGGACCGCGCAGAUCCUGGAUGGCGGGCACGCGAGGGCUUCCGCGUCGACGCUGAGGCGCAUCGCGGAGGCGACGGUCAGGGUGCUGCAGAGGCCGGAGCAGACGAGCAACCGGAGGCUCUACGUCCAGAGCUUCAACCCGACGCAGCUGGAGAUCUUGGCCGCGCUGGAGAAGGCCAUGGGGGAGAAGUGGACUGUUCGGCAGGUUGAUUCCAAGGCGUACCUGGAGGAUGCGCGGAAGAGGCUGGAGAGCGAUGACGAGGAGGCUGUUUUGGUUGCGGUUGAGGACAUUGUCUUUGUGCUGGGGGCGCUGGAUGCGGAUUGGACCAAGAGGGAUGGCUUUGCGAUGGAGUUGCUGGGGUUGGAAGAUGAGAGGCUGGAGGAUGUGGUUGAGGAGGUUGUUGCUGCGUAUAGAGCCGAGGCACAACGAUAG